CCGGGUUCUAAUAAAUAACAUGAAGCAGCUUUUGUUUGUCAGUUAUGGGGCAGCUGAAGGUGCUUCACAUCUUUACCCUUGUUUCUUGUCUCUUUGCGUCCUCCACACCUGCAGCAGGUCAGAUCAGACUAGCUGGGUCUGGGUCCACUCGGUGCUCUGGAAGGGUUGAAAUCUAUCACAGUGGCUCCUGGGGAACAGUCUGUGAUGAUGACUGGGACUUAAAUGAUGCAAAAGUGGUCUGUAGAAGACUUCGCUGUGGGACACCAGUGGAGGCCACUGCAUCUGCUCACUUUGGUGCAGGAAGUGGAGAAAUCUGGCUUGAUAAUGUGGCCUGUUCAGGAAGUGAGAGUUCUCUAACUGCGUGUGAACACAGAGGAUUUGGGACACACAACUGUGGACAUGGCGAGGACGCUGGUGUUGUCUGUUCAGGUGCUCAUAUCAGAUUAUCCAGGUCUGGGUCCAUUCGGUGCUCUGGAAGAGUAGAAAUCUACCACAACAGUGCGUGGGGAACAGUCUGUGAUGAUGACUGGGACUUAAAUGAUGCUAAGGUGGCCUGUAGACAGCUGGGGUGCGGGACAGCAGUGGAGGCCACUGCAUCUGCUCACUUUGGUCCAGGAAGUGGGAAAAUCUGGCUUGAUGACGUGGCCUGUUCAGGAAGUGAAAGUUCUCUAAUUGAGUGUGGACACAAUGGAUUUGGGACACACAACUGUGGACAUAACGAGGACGCUGGUGUUGUUUGUUCAGUGAGUCUCCCAAAACCCAGCAUCUCUGUAAAUGAAGGUGAGGUUAGCUGGGGUCAGAAUAUCAGCAUCACUUGUUCCAUCUCAUCUGAGUUCUUAGAUGGAACUUUCACCCUCAAGAAAACCUCAAGCAGUUUCAGUCAGACUGAAACAGGAUCCCGAUCUGCUACCUUCAAUAUCGACAGAGUGGACUUCAGUGAUGAUGGACUGUACCAGUGUCAGUAUGAGAAACGCAUUUCAAGUAACACAUUCAGCUCCCCCCUCAGUGACUCUGUCAGAAUCUCUGUUACUGUAAUCUUUCCAAAACCCAAUAUCUCCAUCAGUCCUGCUGGUGAGGUGACCUGGGGUCAGAACAUUGGAAUCACUUGUUCAAUCUCAACUCAAACUUUAGGUGGAACGUUCAUUCUGAUGAAAACAUCAGAUUCAUUCAACAGGACCCAAAACUCAAACACAAACUCUGCUACCUUCAAUAUUCCUGAAGUAGACUUUGAUGAUGAGGGAUUGUACCAGUGUCAGUAUCAGGAAAGCGGCCCAAGUCAUGAAUUUUACUCCCCACUAAGUGACUUUUUUAGGCUCUCUGUUACAGUGAGACUGCAGAGGCCCAGCAUCUCCUUGACGUCUCCGAAUGCAGGACUUGUCUGGGGUCCUGAAGGUGCACAGAUCACCAGGGGUUACAGCUUUGUCCUCACCUGUUCCAUUAACUCCACAUUUUCCAGUGGCCAUUUUAUUCUCAGCUUCUCUGGCUCCAACCUCACAGAGCCAGCAGUCAACAACUCAGCCUCAUUUAGUUUCCCUGUAGCGGAGUAUGAGCAACAGGGCAACUACAGCUGUGUGUACGAGGUCACAGUGUCCACACGGACAUUCAGAUCUGCUGUAAUUGCACCAAUUAGUGUCAUCAUUAAGUACAUGUCUUUGAUGAUGCUGGUGUCCUCGGUAUCUGUUGGAGUCCUGCUGCUGCUCCUGCUGCUGCCAUUAGUGAUGUGGCUGCUGUGCAGAAGACCACGAGCAACCAAGCAGCCUGGAAUCCUCGUCCAAAGUCAAAUAUCUGUCAGAGUCAGGAAUAAUUAUAUCAAUGCAGAUGAAGAGGAUGAUGAGGAGGACUAUGUGAAUGUUGAUGCAGUGGAAACUAAUGAAAAAAUCAAAGAAGUUGCAGUACUGGAUGAAGAAGUGAGUGAUGAUUAUGAUGACCCAGUGAGUGAUGAAGAUCAUGAUUAUGAGGAAGUGAGCCCAAAUGACAAUUACAACAAGCCCAAGGAGGCCUGUGUGAGCGUAGACGGUCACAGGGAAGAUGAAGGGGAAACUAGUGAUGAAGAAGACAACUAUGAGAACGUAUCCUCACCAUCAUUAGGUGUGGAUAAUGAUAAGGAAGAGGAAACUAGUGAUGGAGAGAACGACUAUGAGAAUGUAUCCUCACCAUCAACAGUUCAUUAUCAUUUAUAAUGACCUGAACUUCAUAAACAUCUGAAAUACAACCACAUAAAAAAAAUGUCAAUAAGUGUUGACAAUAAAUGAUGGCAAGCUUGGUCAGCUUGAGAUUUCACAGUAAGCUGCAGUAACACCAGAGGAAUAUAUUUUAUUUCAAGCCAACAUGAAAAUAAUCACAGGAACGUUUUUAAACAUUCAUUAUUAACCUAUUACAUUUAUAUACAUAUUUACCACUGAAUAAUUGCUCGAUGAUGUCUUUUUCCAUAACUUCUCUUUUGGGUUUAGUGUUCUAUGAGUCAUUGAGUCGGGAACCAUUUAGAGCAGAGACAGGGAGAGUUUAAAGAAGCAGAAGGACUUGUAUGUUUAUUUUUGCUGCAAGAGAAUGAUCAAUAAAGUUCUGCUCAGCACCUGAAUUGAAUAAUGCAAGAGUGUGUUUACUGUAAUCUUUGUGGGUACCAAGAGUCUGGGCAUCAUGGUGAGUGGUUGGAAGGAUUCAAAAUGUGGACUAAGGAAUUACCAGCAUUUAUUUACAGUCCCGGCAAUUCACACAGGGAAGUAACGAAUUUGCAAACUAUAUCUCAAGAACAGCAGGUUAUCCAGAAGGCCACUCAUCCAUGCCACAGGGAUGGCCAGAGACAAAUCCACCAAACUGACCCCAAAAUACUCACAGUCCAAACACUCACUCAGCCCUCACACUCGAUUCCUGUACAAACAGGAACAGAAGGUAAGUGGCAGCUUCAAGGCAAACAAAGAAGACAAACGAUUAAAUGUGGCAGAAACCAAGCUUCGCUAACGUUUAGUUAGCAGUCCGGCUUUGAAUGACAGUCCUCCUCCAGCUUAAAGGAACCGGAUGAGGCAAGUACCCAAGUCAACCCAAGUGCAGUCAGCCAGAUGCUGGAGGAAGACACUGCAAAACAAAGUGUGGUUAGAGACAAAGAGAGAGAGAGAAGCGGGCAAGGCGGGAAACUGGAGGACCAUGAUACUGGGUAGGAAUGAAAUAUCAGAUUUUGCCAAGCAGCAUCCCGACAUCAGUGUGAGGCCUGUCUUAGAAUUAUCACUAUUUUUUUUAUAUCUCUUUUAUUUAUUAAACUUACACCUGAUUAUAUUCUGAUCAAUAAUAAGUAAUUAAGCAUCCUUAACUAUCAGCAAAAUCACAUGUAAAUCAUGAUUCUGUGUUCAACAAAUACACCAUAAAUAACACCAUUUCAUUCAGAGUUAUGCAUAAUGAUGGGCUG